GAUGACCGUAUUCUUGGCGCGGAGAUUCCGGGGCAAGAUCAAGAUGGCUAUGAUGUAGAACCAGAUUUCUUCCGGGACACGCAUGGCUAUUCUCAAAUUUCCAGGCCGCGACCCUCAGCAGCUCCCGGGGCGCUUUAAGAAACUCAGGCUCGCUAUGACAAGGAAUCCUCAUCCAGUUCCACCACCUGCACCUGCACCUGCACCUGCACCUGCACCUUCACUCACAACAAAGCAGCCCACUGCCUUACCAUGUGCCACUGCUCCCACGACCUUCAAAGCCCACGUACGACACCUAUUCACCUGGCGACCCGAUCAUGCAGCACCACCCGUCGUCGAUGUUCCUUUCGCAAAGGGUAAAGAGCGCAAUGCUGCAGCAGAUGCUCCUGGGAGAGAUGAGGACUUGGUACCUGACGAAUAUUUCGAUGAUCUUCCGCAGGACCCCAAUGCUACACAACAGCCUAAUACGCAACAGCAACAGCAGCAACUAGUAGCAGUGCAGACAGAUACUGGGGGACACGGAGGUGGCAAGUCGUGUUUCUGCUGCUAGCGGCUUUCAUGGAUGUCCUCGGGUAUUUCAGUUCUGUCGUUGCUCUUGUUUUCCUGCGCUAUCUAUGUUGAUUUGAAGUAGUGUUUUAUUACCAUGUCCUUCAGAUUUUGAUUUCUUUUCGUCCCUAUUCAUAGUUAAUUUGCGGGCGCGAGUUUAAUGUAAGUCGCUUAUAUGCUG